AUGGAUUAUCAGCAGCUGCUGCCGACGCAGCAUCACGACCCCAGGAGCAGCAGCAACCCUCCCCUCGCCGGCAGCAGCAGCAACUACAGCGGCAACUGCAGCAGCAGCAGCAGCAGCCGUCGAUACAGCAGCGGCGGGGCCCCACAGUUUGGUGCUGCUGUCUCGCGGUUUGUGUUUGCGAGUGACUCUGCAGUGUUUGAGGGCCACCACCGCGGCAGCAGCAGCAGCAACUACAGCAACAGCAGCAGCAGCAACUACAGCAGCAGCAGCAACUACAGCAGCAGCAGGGUCAGCAGCAGAUCAUUCCACCCAGCAAAUUAUUAUGAAGGCCAAGGGCGCCGCAGCGGCGGCCUGGCGGUGCUGCGGGGCCCCUUGCUGCAGCCCAGAGAUUCCCCGCCGGAAUACAGCAGCAGCAGCAGCAGCAGACCCUACAGCAGCAGCAGCAGUGGCGGGAGCUAUGCCGGCGGCAGCAGCAAUAAGGCUUACCGCGUAGGCUGCUCCUACAGCAGCAGCAGCAGCAGCAGCAACUGCAGCAGCAGCUGCAGCAGCAGCAGCAGCAGUGACUACAGGGGAGGGUACAGUCGGUAUGGCGAAAGGCCUUAUCACAGCGGAGACUGUAGGAGGAGCCCCAGGAGACGCCCGCAGCAGCCAGCCUGCAGCAGCAGCAGCAGCAGCAGCAGCAGGCAUGUUAUCCCGGCGAAGCCCUUCCCAGUUGAGUGCAGCAGCACGAGUGCCCACAGCAGCAGCACUUACAGCAGCAGCAGUAGCAGCGGCAACUGCAGCAACUACAGGAAUAGUAGCAGCUACAGCAAUAGCAGCAGCAACUGCAGCAUCAAUAGCAGCAGCAGCAGCAGCAACAGCUGCUGCAGCUUUGAUUACAGCGCUCCGCGCAGCAUGGCUGACCGCAUAGUCCAAGGGCGGCGACCGGCUGAGCAGCAGCAGCAGCAGCAGCAGCAGCAACAUGGGAUGCAACAGGUCGAAAACUUGACCUUAGAGCAGCAGCUGUGGCAGCAGCCAAAGGGGCAGCAGCAGCUGCUGCACCAGCGCCAGCACCCGCUGCAGCAACAGGACUGCAAUAGGAAACAAGAAGAUAUGAAGCAGCAGCAGCUGCUGCAGGGUCAUUUGCUGCAGCAGCAAAUGCAGCAGCAGCAACAGGAUGAGCUGCAACACCACAUUCGACUCCAGGAGCAGCUGCAGCAAAGACUGCAGCAGCUACUGCAGCAGCAGCAGCAUCAAGGACAGAUUUCAAAGUCGCUAGCGCAGCUCCUUUCGUCCCCAAAGGAGUUUCAGCAGCAGCAGCAGCAGCAGCACCUGCCGCCGCCGGCGCAGCAGCAGCACACGCUGCAGCAGACGCUGCAGCAAACGCAGCAGCAAGAGCAGCUGCUUCUGCAGCUGCAAAACCAGCUGACGGAGCAGCUGCAGCUGCAGCAGCAGCAAGAGCCUUUCAUGCUGCUGCCUUCGCCAGGGCUGCUGAGCAGCAACCAGCAUUUUCCUGUCGAGCAGAAGGAAGGGCAGCGUGAAAAAGAAACGGCGCAGCAGCAGCAGCAGCAGCAGCAGCAAGCUUUGCUGCAGCAGCCGCCGUGGCUCAAUGAGGUGGCAACGGUGAACGGCACAGAUAAUGCUGCGCAGCAGCAGCAGCAGCUGCUCCUGCAUCGGGAGCAGCACUUGCACGAGUUGCAGCAGCCGCAGCAAAUUCUGCAGGAUGAGCAGCAACAGCAGCAGCAGCAGAAACAAAUGUGGCUGCGGCAACACGCUGAGGAGCAGCAGCAGCAGCACGAGCUAGAGGCUCUCAUUCGUCGACGCAACAGCGACAGCGCCUCCAGAAGCAGCAGCAGCAGCAGCAGCAGCAGCAGCACCAGCGGCGACAGCAGCAAGCCCUGUGGGCCUGAUGCUUCGCACGGAUUGGGACAGCAGCAGCAGCAACAGCAGCAUCAGCAGCAACAGCAAGCACAGCGUUAUUGGCGCCAAAGGCCAGAAUCGGCUGCAACCACACGCCGCCCCCGUUUACAGGAGCUGCUGCAGCAACCGCAGCAGCAGCAGCAGCAGCAGCAGCAGCAGCAGCAGCAGCAGCAGAGGCAGCAGGUGGAGCAGCGUCAUGCACAGCAGCAGCAGCAGCAGGAGCAGCUGCGGAAGCAGCAGCAACACUUCCCGCAAGAGGAGCCUCAGCAGCAGCAAGUGCAGCAGCAGGUUCUGCAGCCAGUGCAGUUGCGCAAAGUCGUGUCUUCGCCAGAGCAGCAACGCAGUGAGUCCAGCAACAGCAGCAGCAGUAGCAGCAGCAGCAGCAGCAGCAGCAAACUCAAAGUUAACCGGUGGGGCAGCACUCGCCGGGUGCCGCGAGCUGCUGCUGAUUGGCCCAGAGCAGCUGAGCAGCAGCACAUACAGCAGGAGCUGCAGCAGCACACGCAGCAGCCGGAGCUGCUGCAGCAGCCGCAGCAGCUGCAGCAGCAACACGGCACUAGUGCCGAGCAAGGUACUACAUCUUCCCGCAGCAGCAGCACGUCUGCUGCAGCAGCAGCUGCUGCUGCUGCUGCUGCUGCUGUUGCUGCUCCGCAGUGCACUUCAGAAUUGCCGUCACACAAACCGUGCGUGCAUGCAGCAGGUGAUGUAGCAGCAGCAGCAGCAGCUGCUGCUGCUGCUGCUGCUGCUGCAGUAGCUGCUACAGCAGCUCCGGUCGCUGCUGCAGAAGCGGCAACAGACGCAGCAGACUCUAGUGAAACUACCAGCACAGACGCAGCUGCAGCAGCACCGGACGCUUCUGUUGCUGCUGCUGCUGCUGCUGCUGCUGCAACACUUGUUGUUGACGUUGCUGCCGAAACACCGACGGAUGCGCCAGCAGGAGAACUUACAGCAGAGCAGGCAACAGCAGCAGCAGCAGCAGCAAAUGUUGCAGCAGGAGCGAGUGAUGCAGCAGCAGUUGAUGUCGAUGCAGCAGCAGCUAAUGCUGAUGCAGCAGCAGCUAAUGCUGAUGCAGCAGCAGCCAAUGCUACCUCAGCAGCUGAUGCCGAUACAGCAGCAGAGGAUACUGAUGCAGCAGCUGACGCUGAUGCAGCAGCAACUGAUGCACAAGCAGCUAAUGCUGCUGCAGCAGCUGGUGCUGCUGCAGCAGCAGCUAGUGCUGACGCAGCAGCAGCUAGUGCCGAUGCAGCAACAGCUGAUGCUGAAGUAGGAGCAGCUUCUGCUGCCGCAGCAGUAGCUGGAGCCGAUGCAGCAGCAGCUAGUGCUGAUGCAGCAGCAGCUGAUGCUGAUGUGGCAGCAGCUUAUGCUGCUGCUGCAGCAGCUGAUGCUGAUGCAGCAGGAGCUAGAGUUGAUGCCUCAGCAGCUGAUGCCGCUGCAGCAGCUGAUGAUGUUGCUGCAGCAGCUGGUGAUGUUGCUACAGCUGAUGCUGUUGCUACAGCUGAUGCUGCUGCUGCAGCAGCUGGUGCUGAUGCAACAGCAGCUGAUGUUGCUGCAACAGCUGGUACUAAUGUAGCAGCAGCAAACUCUGGAGAUGCACCAGCCGUGGCAGCUGAAGGUGCAGCACAGUUCGAGACAACGGUAGCUGCUGCUGCUGCUGCUGCGGCACCCGUAGCUGCUGCAACCGAGCCUGCUGCUGCUACCGCAGCAGCUACUGCAGCAGUCGUAGCACCUGUUGCUGCUGCAGCUCCCACAAGCGCUGUGGCAGAAGCAGCUAAGGCUGCAGCAACUGCUGCUGCUGAAGUGUGUGAGGCUGCAGCGUCUGCUGCUGCUCCUGCAGCUGCAGCAUUUGCUGCUGCUCCUGCAGCUGCAGCAUUUGCUGCUGCUCCUGUGGCUGCAGCACCUGCUGCUGCUUCUGCCACUGCACCAGAGGCAGCCGAUGCCGCACCCGAUGCUGCAGCACCGCCGUCAAGAGAGACCCCGGAAACAGCAGCAGCAGCAGCAGCAGCAGUAGCAGCAGCACCCGUAGCAACAGCGGCAGCAGCACAUGUAGAAGCAGAAGGCACCUUCUUUUCUCAGCUGUCCGCUGCUGCGCAGCAGCGCAUGCGGCAGCUGCGGCAGCGGAGGCAGCAGCAACAGGGAUGGCAGCAGGAGCAGCAGCAGGAGCCUCCACAGCAGCAGCCGAUGCAGCAGCAGCAGCAACAGCAGCAGCAACAGGAGGUUCAUGCUGCUGAACAGCAGGACGGCCGUACGCCAGAGCUGCUUUUGCGGAAACUGGAGCCUUACGGGCAGCAGCAGCAUCAGCAGCAGGAGCGGCGCGAGCAGCAGCAGCAGCAGCUGGAGGCGAGGCAGCAACUGCUGCAGAAGCUGCAGCGAGUCCAGCAGUUCCGUGAGCUCAGGCAGCAACAGCAACAGCAGCAGCAGCAGCAACAGGAGGAGAAGUCGCUUUGCCUGCAGCAGGAGCAGCACAUGCAGGAGCAGCAGCAAGCACAGCGCCAAGAACAGCAGCAUGCACAGCUGCAGCAGCAACAGCAGCAACAGCAGCAACAGCUGCUGAUUCAGCAGCGACAGCAGCUGCAGCUGCGGCAGCAGCAGCAAGAACAGCAACAGAAGCAAUGGCAGCAGCAAGUUCAGCAGCAGCAACGUAGCCCCUCACUCGUGUGGGUGGACGCAGAGUCUCUCGUUGUUGUUUUUGACGACGAAGAGAAGCAACAGCAGCAGCAGCAGCACAAACGGGAACAGCAGCAGCAACAGCAACAGGAACGGCAAAUGAAGCAACGCCAGCAGCAUCUGCAGCAACUUGCAAAGCAGCGGGACCAGCAGCAGCAGCGAGACGCCCAACAGCAAGAGCAGCAGCAGCAACUGCAGCAACAGCAACUACAGCGGCAGAAAGCGCAGCAGCAGCAGCAGCAGGAACUGCUGGAAGAGCAGCAGCAGCAGCAGCAGCAGCAGCAGACGCCGACACUGAAGCCCGCGGAGCUCACGCCUGACAUCUCAACUUGCGAAUGCACGCCAGCAACAGCAAACGAAGCAGCAAUUGCUGCUGCUGCUGCUGCUGCAGUUGAAUUGCCUGCAGCUCCAGCUGCUGCUAUUACUUCUGCUGCAACACCUUCAACCACAGCGUCUGCAGCUGCUGCUUCUUCCCAGCCACCAGCAGCAGCUGCUGCUUCGCUUGCAACUCCAGCAGCCGCUGCUGCUGCUGCUGCUGUAACAGCAGCAAAGGCUGCUGGAGCAGCAGCUGCGGGCCCUGCUGCUGCCACUCCUCCUGCUGACAUGUUUGCUGCUGCUGCUGCGACGGCUGUUGUGACCCCGUCAGACAGCACAGCAGCAGCAGCGGCUGCGAAAAGUGCCGCUGAAGAGAACGGGGUGAGGCAGCAGCAUCGGGUGCAACAGCAGCAGCAGCACGCUGCUGCUGAAGGCGGAGCUGAGGGGCGUAGGACACCAGGUGCUCGCAGCAACAGCAGCAACGGCAACAGCAGCAGCAGCAACAGCAGCAGCAGCAGCAGCAGCAGCACACAUGGAGUGUCUAUACAGGCGGAGCUGCAGCAGCUGCACAUCAAUGUGGCGCGGUUGGAAACUCUAGAUGCGCUGCUGCACGCACGAGCAGCAGCAGCAGCAGCAAAGGCGAAGCUGCUGCAGCGGGAGCUUGACGCAGCAAAAGCAGAAACUGAGAAGACGCUUUCUGAGCGCGCCGCGGUGACGCAGCAGCUGCAGCAAGCCAACAAGCAGCUGCGGGAAAGGAGGCAGCAGCUCAUUCGACUAGCAGCAAGACAUGCAGCAGCAGCAGCAGCAGCCUCCAUCGCAACAACAGCUGCUGCUGUCAGAAAUGCAGCAACUGCGCCGCACCCAGCUUCGUCUCCGUCGACAACUGCUGCUGCUGCUGCUGCAGGCGCCACCGCAGCAGCUGCAGCAGCAGCAGCAGGUCCCCGCGUGUCUUCUGCGCUGCCUGGUGCUGCUGAUGCUGCAGCUGCUAGGCAGUGGCGUCGCAGCAGUGAUGCACCAUCGCAAGUUGCAGCAGCAGCAAGUGCUGCAGCAACUGCUGCAGCAACUGUUGCAGCAACUGCUGCAGCAGCUGCUGCUGCUGGUACGAAGGGGGUGACACAGGGAGGGUUGAAGCGGGAUGCAACAGCCAGCAGCAGCAACAGCAGCAGCAGUAAGAAUGGAGGAGGCGGUCGUUUGCAGGCUGCUGCAGAGGUGGCUUCUGCUGGGGAAGCAGCAGCAGCUGCUGCUGCUGCUCCCGGCGCUGCAGCAGCAGCUGCAACGCCGGAGGAAGACCCAGCAGCAACAACAGAAGAAGAGGAAGAUGAGGAGACGCUGUGUCUCUCCGGCAGGAAGCGAAAGAGAGGGACGAGCAGCAGCAGCAGCAGCAGCAGCAGCAGCAGCAGCAGCAGCUCACACCCGCGAACUUAUAUCCCCAAAUGGUUUUGUGUCUCUUCUUCUCAAGAGGGACAAAUACAGAGGCAGCUGGAGAGCUGUACGUACACCUCAGCUCUGAGUCAGUGGGACCUCAGCGGCCUGACCAGCAGCCUGCAGCAGCAGCAGCAGCAGCAGCAGCAGCUGCAGCAGCAGAAGCAGAAGCAGCACAUCAUAGAAGCCCUGGGGGGAGAUAAUGCUCUCCGACCUAUUUGCUGCUACUCGCUGCUCGGCAGCUGCCGCAAAAACUGCACAGAUAUUCAUCUGUAG